CGCUCUGAUCAACUACAGCAUGGGAGUGAAGUUUGAGGAUAAAGUCUGGUUUCAGAUCAUAGAGGAGGAGAAAACUCAGACAGAAAGUCAGACGUCAGAUGUGAUCGUGUACAAGAUCUUUGGUUAUGAAGAUAAAACCCUGCCCUACUCUCUGACCAUCAUUGAUACUCCUGGAUAUGGAGACACCAGAGGAACUGAGCAUGAUGUCAUCAUUAGUCAAAGGUUAAUGUUAUUGCUUCAGUCAAAUGAUGGAGUUCAAGAAGUUCAUGCAGUGGGUCUGGUGAUGAAGUUUGGGAGUAAUCAACUGAGUGACCAACUUCAAUAUGUAUUUAAUUCACUGACAUCUGUGUUUGGAGAAGGCCUGGAGAAAAACACUGUAGCUCUCAUCACACACUCAAAUGGAAGAACACCAAAAAAAGAUCUUCAGAGUCUUGAUGCUGCAAAAAUCAAAUCUGCAAAAAAUGCAAAUAAUCAGCCUCUUUACUUCCUGUUUGAUAACUGCCAGCAUGAAGACCGAGCAGAGGAGGAAGAUGAAAUCCUGAAACAAAAUUACCAAAGAUCAGAGAAAGGAAUGAAAGCGUUCAUAGACUUCCUGCAAAACACAGCAUCUCUAAGGCCAAAGGCAACACCUGAAGAGUUAAAGGAAGGCAUCAGACUGACCGCCUGCAUCCAAAACCUGCAAGACAGAAUCAAGUUUACUGAAGUAAAAGAAAGAGAGAUGAAACAGAAUCAAGAAGCUCUAAAGAAACAGGAUAACAUGCAGAAUGAAGAGUUCACUCCAUUUGUUACUGAGGUUUUUAAACAUAAAGAACCUAUUAGAGAAGAGAUGUGUAGACCCGGUUUUAAAACAGCUCUCAGCUGCACCAUCUGUGAGGAGAACUGUCACUAUCCUGGAUGCACAAUGGCUUUGACUCACUGUGAGAUCUUUAUAGAUGGUCGCUGUACUUCAUGUACUGGAAAGUGUCCUAAAUCAGAACAUGUGGAAGAAAAGUGGAGAUAUGUGACCAGGAUAAGGAAAAUUAAGAAGAAUGAAAAGAAUCAAACAGAAAGUGGAAACAAGACUAACCUCCUGGAAAAUCUUGAAAAACAAAUUAAAAAUCUUACAGCAGAGAAGAAACAGUUACUGGAUGAGUCAUACCAACAUGUUGUCAAACUGGAGCCGAUCGCCCUGAAAGCUGAUUCAGUGUCCACUUUCUUUCACUUGGACUUCCUGAUCAAGAAGAUGAAGGAGAAAGGAGACACAGAGAAGGUCCAGAAACUGGAGGAGAUGAGAAGCAGGAUGGACAAUGCCAAAGAAGCUCUGUUGUACAAGAACUGUCUCUUCUCAUCAACAUAUGAAGACAUCAUCCUAACUAGUUUUCUGAUCCGUUCAGGACCUCCUGCUGUCUACCAGCUGAGACCAAAGAAAGAGAAGAUUGGAACUCUGACAAGAAUAAUUGUUGGUGAAAAAAAUCCAAACAAGACAAAUAGAACCAUCUUACUUGUUGGUGAAACAGGAGCAGGAAAAUCUACUCUGAUCAACGCUCUGCUCAACUACACCAUGGGAGUGAAGUUUGAGGAUGAAGUCUGGUUUAAGAUCGUAGAGGAGGACAAGGGUCGGACGAAAGGUCAGAUGAAAGUUCAGAUGGAAGGUCAGGCAGAAGGUCAGAUGAAAGGUCAGACGGAAGGUCAGAUGAAAGGUCAGGCAGAAGGUCAGAUGAAAGGUCAGGCAGAAGGUCAGAUGAAAUGUCAGGCAGAAGGUCAGAUGAAAGGUCAGAUGGAAGGUCAGGCAGAAGGUCAGAUGGAAGGUCAGGCAGAAGGUCAGAUGAAAGGUCAGAUGGAAGGUCAGAUGAAAGGUCAGGCAGAAGGUCAGAUGGAAGGUCAGGCAGAAAGUCAGACAGAAAGUCAGACCUCAGAUGUGAUCGUGUACGAGAUCUUUGGUUUUGAAGAUGAAGCUCUGCCCUACUCUCUGACCAUUAUCGAUACUCCUGGAUUUGGAGACACCAGAGGGAUUGAACACGAUGACAUCAUCAGUGAAAGAUUAUUGGACUUGUUUCGAUCAGAUGAUGGAGUUAAUGAACUCCAUGCAGUGGGUCUGAUGAUGAAGGCGAGUGAUAAUCGACUGAGUGACCGACUUAAGUACAGCUUUGAUGCAGUGAUGUCUCUGUUUGGAAAAAACAUGGAGAAAAACAUUGUAGCUUUGAUCACACACUCAGAUGGAAUGCAACCUGAAAAUGCUCUUAAAGCUCUUGAAGAUGCAAAAAUUAAAUGUGCCAGAAAUGAAAAGAAUCAGCCUCUUUACUUCCUGUUUAAUAACCAUCAACAUAAAGACCGACCAGACGAAAAUAAGAUGAUAAAAGAUUCGUGGGACUUUACACGGAAAAACAUGGAUCAUUUGACAGUUUUCUUGGGGAAAUCUAAACCUCAGAAACUGAUGAAAACAGUUGAAGUGUUAAAUGAACGCAUCAGACUGAAAGCCUGCAUCCAAAACCUGCAAGAGAGAAUCGAGUUUAUUGAACUAAAACACAGGGAAAUCACACAAAUCCGAGAAGCUCUAGAGAACCAAGAAGCUCUGCAGAAACAACAAGAACAAAACAUUCAAGACAUUCUCAAGAGUCAAGAAGCUCAAAAGACACAAGGAGCACAAAAAAGCCAAGAACUUGAAAAAAUUCAAGAAACUCUAAAAAAACACGAAAAAGAGAUGAACAAUAACAAAAACUUCACUGUAGAAAUUGAUGAGGUCUACAAAGAUAAAGAACCCAUUGAUGGUGGGAUGUGGAGGGUGGUAUUUUUUGAAGGAGCUGUCUGCUGUACAGUCUGUGAGGAGAACUGUCACUAUCCUGGAUGCACAAUGGCCUGGUAUCCUAAAGACUGUGAGGUCAUGAAAAAAGGCCGCUGCACUGUUUGUACCAAGAAGUGUCCUGUGUCAACUCAUGUGAAAGAAAAGUGGAGAUAUGUGACCAAGACCAGGAGAGUUCAGAAGACCAAUGAAGAAAUGAAAAAGAAAUAUGAAACUAAUAAGUCAGAAAGUCAGUUGAAGAGGACUGAGGUGGAAAGUCUUAAAAAGGAGAUUAACAAACUGGAAAAAGAUGAUUCAUUGCUGAACAAAUCAGAAAUGCAACAGAACUAUGAAAAGAAUAAAAAAGAAAGUGAGAGGAAGAAGAGUCUUUUGGAAAAUCUUGAAAAAGAAAUGGAGCAGCUGACAGCAGAGCGAUCAAAGUUACUGGAUGAGUCGUACCAACAUGUUGUCAGACUGGAGCAGAUCGCCCUGAAAGCUGAUUCAGUGUCCACUGUUGCCCACUUGGGCUUCCUGAUUGAGAAGAUUGAGAAGGAGGAAAGAGACACAGUGAUGGUCCAGAAACUGAAGAUGAGAAGCAGAGUGGAUGAAGGAAGCAGACCAGCUCUGGGAUAUGUGUGGAAUAAACUAACAGCAUUUGGGAAAAGAAGUUUAAGGACCUGUGAAGGAGAUGAACACAAGUACUGAAACUUUUUAAUCAUGAAAAAUGUAUUUUAUUAUAACCCCAAUAGCUUUGAUAACAUGUUCAUAUUUUAACAGAAAUUUGGUGGAGGAAGAUUUUAUUGUGUGCAGGGUUCUUGCCAGAAAAAAUUUUCAGCUUGGUGCAUGUGUGUUUGCGGGGUUAGUUAGCUUUAGCAAUCUAAUAUGUGUGUAUUGUGACAGAAAUGUGUGUUGAUAUAUAUUUUACGUAUACACUGAUAAAAAUAUCC